AUGUUUUUUUUUCCGGAUAUAAAACAUCAACGGUUCAGAAUUUACGUGUUUUUUUUCUUUGUAUUUAAAUCCGAUAUCAGUAAAUUGACCAACAUGUCUACAGAUGGUAAAGAAAAAAACGGUGACAUCGAAGGUGAAAACUCCCCUGUGGAACAUUCCACUCCAGCGGUGAGAAAGGAAAGUCUUUUUGAUGAAACAAAUAGUGCCGAGGAAGUUGAUUUUCCUAAAGAUUUACCUGGAUCCCAGUCAAUCACGCAAACCGCAAAUUCAUAUCGUGAAACAGACUCCGACUCCUAUUCUGAUACAUCUGAUAACGACGAUUUGGAAGAAGAAGAUAGUGAAGUGGAAGAUGAAAAUGACAAUGACAACGCCUAUAGGGAUGUGAAGACUAACAGUUCUAAAACUGAACAUCCUUUUAGAGAUACUGCGGAAGCUACUGAAAAGAACCACUGUCCGACUGACGAAGAUAUCCCCGGGUAUAAGCAAAUUGUCAGUUUAUUCAGAAAGAAACAGCUUAAUGGAAUGUCCAAAAUCUUAAAAUCUAUUGAUCAGCAGCUACCUCGUGACUUCAGGGAAUACAAACAUGCUGUAGCUGCGAGAGAAAAGAGGGCAGAACGCUUGAUUAGCAGACUUAUAAAAGAGAACCUGGAACUCAAAAGGAAAAUUGGUACAUACAAAAAGGGAGGAAGAAAAAUCAUCAAUGAUAGCAUACCUGACAAUUCCUAUCCUGUACAACAUACCAGGCUAAGUAAUCCUAAUAUAUUCAGCACCAUCAUAUCCUCUACUACAGAAGCUGAUUACGAGAGGUGCUCAACCAUCAUCAGCAUGUUGGAACUGCUGACUGGAGUGAGAUGUUUGGUCUUAAAGGAAACGGCAAAUGAUAUACAAUUCACUUUAGAACAAAGAGGAGAGUCUAAAUUUCAUUACUACCAGCUACUCAUCGAAAAAUCGGGUAAUUCAGAUAUCACCUAUAUCCCUAUCUGGAGCAAACCUGACCAUUUUUCAGGAGAUUGGGACGAGAAUGUAAAUGCAGUGAAGAAGUCAUUGAGAAGCUACUUGCAGUCUGAGUUUAAAUUUCCUCCAAAUGCAAUUUUGAAAUUUCAAAACGAAUUGAGCGUCUACCUAAACUAA